AAGAAAAAGGUUGCUUUUUAAUCCCAUUACUUUGCAAUCACUAAGAGGCAGACAGGCAACAGGACUGAGGGUAGUUUUUAGACAGAAAGGCUGAUCAGCGAAGAGUCCUGCCCAAGCUCGCAGUGGGAAGAGAGCCCGGCUGCACACAUGCCACACGGGGCCACUCCUGAGCUUACCUCACCCCUCGAAGUACUCUACCCUAGAGAAAUGUCAACAGAAACUGCUCCCUGAAGAGACCUCAGCUCCCAUCCCAGGUGGGGCUGCAGGGAGGCUUCAGGCUAGGAGGGGCCUGAAAGCUGAUCUCUAGGAAGGCGUGGCUCUAAAACAUUGGCAGAUAAAAGCCUGGAGGGCCGGCACCAGUUUGGAGACCAGCAGGAGGCCCUGGGAGUCUCCAGCCUGUUUCUGCUGGACUGAUGCCCAUGGCCCCACGUGUCCUGCUCCUCUGCCUGCUGGUCCUGGCAGUCACUGAAGGCCAUUGUCGGGAGGCAGCCAUCCCAGGCUGCCACUUGCACCCCUUCAAUGUGACAGUGCGAAGUGACCGCCAUGGCACCUGCCAGGGCUCCCAUGUGGCACAGGCCUGUGUAGGACACUGUGAAUCUAGUGCCUUCCCUUCCCGGUACUCCGUGCUGGUGGCCAGUGGCCAUCGACGCAACAUCACCUCUGUCUCCCAGUGCUGCACCAUUAGUAGCCUAAAAAAGGUGAAGGUGUGGCUGAACUGCGUGGGGAGCCAGCAGGGGGAGAUUGAGAUCUUCACUGCCAGGGCCUGCCGGUGUGACAUGUGCCGUCUCUCCCGCUACUAGUCCCUGGAUGGCCCAGGCUCCGGUCCUGCCACUGAUCUGCUAUGGGCGAAUCUCUCGAACGAGGGGCUGCUUCAGCUCUGACCCUCUUUAGAGCCAGCGAAGAUGGGCUUUCUUUCCCCUCCUUUUACCCGGCCUUCAGAGCAGUCUUACUGCUACGCUGUCCUUCACGCCUGUCCUCAAUAAAGCAGGCAAGGCUUGAGUUUCGCUCUUUAUUAAGUCUGCCCCCUAGCCAGGUGAAGGGGGCAGACCAUGAUUACUGUAACCCCCCCCUCACCCCAG